AUGCAGCUUUGCAGUGCGAGGCCGCGCAGCUGCCAGGUGGCACCAACUCACGUGUUUUCGCUGAGUCUCAGAGCUCCACAUGCUUCGACCAGACACAGAUCUCAGGCACGGUGGUCAAAGUUGGAAGCUGAUGCCAUCGGCAAUGUUGUUCGUUGUCAUGUUUCCGAGGUGGCAGGAUCCUGUGCUUGUCCUUCUUUCCUGGGGCUGCUGGCUGGAACAGUUGGGGCCCUCCGGGUCCGCGCCAGGAAACUGGCAACCUGUGCUGCGAGGCUCCUGGAUGGCAAGGCCACGGCCGCUCAAGUUCGAGAAGAGCUUCGGGAGCGUACGCGGUUGCUGCAGGCACAAGGCCUGAUACCAGGUCUGGCGGUUGUCCUUGUGGGGAGCAGACCGGAUUCUGAAUCAUAUGUACGAGGCAAAACCAAGGCUGCGCAAGAGGUCGGAUGCCAGGUGUUCAACAUCAACUUCCCAGAGACCGUGACGGAGACGGUGCUGCUAGACCAGAUCUCGAAACUGAAUCAAGAUCCGCGCGUCCAUGGUGUACUGGUUCAGUUGCCAUUGCCGGCGCAUAUCAAUGAGCAGCUUGUCCUGGAUAGCAUAUCUGUCGACAAAGAUGCGGACGGCUUGUGCAGUGCGAACCUGGGGCUUCUUGCUCGUCCGCAUGGUUGUCCGCUUGCUUUGCCAUGCACCCCGGCAGGUUGCAUGGAGAUGUUGCGAAGAUAUAAUGUCGGCAUUGAAGGCAAGAACUGCGUUGUUCUCGGCCGAUCUGCUAUUGUCGGCAUGCCUAUGAUGCUUCUCAUGCUCAAGGCGAACGGAACUGUAAGAUUGUGCCACAGAUUCACGAAAGACAUAGCCAAAGCGUGCUCCGAUGCCGACAUUCUUGUGGCAGCUGUCGGACGUGCAAGCUUUGUUAAGGGCGACUGGCUUAAACCCGGUGUGGUGGUGCUGGAUGUCGGCAUAAACCGGGUUCCUGAUGCCACUCGCAAACGAGGCUAUCGUUUGCAAGGCGAUGUGGAGUUCGGAAGUGCUGCUCAGAAGGCUUCCCUGAUCACACCAGUUCCAGGUGGGGUAGGCCCCAUGACGGUGGCCAUGCUAUUGAAGAACACGGUAGCCUUGGCGGAAGCAAUGCGUCACUAA